CUUAUCGUAGGAUUAGCUAAGAGCCGUUUGGUGUGGCGUCUCGAAAAGGUAAUCCAACGUAUAAGAUUAUCUAAAAGUAAGAGGUAAUAGUGGGUACUGGAGCUGAAGUUUACUAGGCCUUCAAACAACCGUCCUCCGGAAAAUGGCGUCUUUUUCAGCUAGAAUGGAAUGUUCCAGCCCUGGCCCUAUGGUGAAAUACACGGUCAGAAACCAGUUGAAAAAUCCAAAAUUUGUGCUGACACAGAAUGUACCCCUUCUGGAAGGAGAAGUCUUCCAGAGAAUCAUGGAGAAGGCUGCUACAGAGGAUCCACGCUUUAGGUUCACCGCGUAUUACUGUGGAGAGGAUUUGGGUUAUCAGAUCAUGACCAUCAACAAUCUGACAGCCGACUACGAACGUGACCGAACAUGGUGGUCAUUUCUACAGGCCCCGGACACCCUGUUGGAUAAGGGUGUGAGCUAUUACCAGCCUUCUGCAGGAGAGCAUCUUAUUUUGGACUUUACCCAGGGUGGAAGCAUUGUUGCCGAUGACUUUCACGGAGUGUAAAUGAAGCAUCAGGGAAUACCGUUUGCUAGUUUUGAAAUAUUCGGUAUUCGAGGUAAACUGCUUAACAUAAUAAAAGUAAUUUAUUCUGAUAUUAAAUCAUGUGUAUAGCUAAGCUGACACUCUUAAUUGUUUACACGAUCUAAAACAAGGUAAAAUUUAAUAAAUAAGGCUUUUUUUCUAUCCCUUUGUUAUUGGAAGAAAGUUAAAUAUCCCCAACAACAGAUGCUGUUCUUUAGCUUAGUAUAUUAUCCACAUAUUUCUCUUUCCAAACGAUAAUUUUCCAAAAUUAGCGUGUGCAGUAUUUGAUAUUAUUAUUAAUUCAGUCUUUUAAUUUGAUUAAAUAUCGGGUGAUCGUGCCGGCCUGCAGAUGAAUCUAUCCACAUGAAAUUUUCUAAACAGUUGUUACAUGCUGUUUACAUGUAUUUAUGGGUAGCAUACCAAAUAUCGUGGAAAUAGAUGGAUGGCUGUAAUAAAAUACUGAAUCAAAAUUCUUGAGAGUGAAGACGACUUCAUAUUAGUAAAGACAAAGAAAACACUAAAAUGAAGUAUAUACACCAGAUAAAAAACCAUUAAACAGUGCUCAGGAAAACAGAUUUUUUUCCAGAAUUUUUCCAAGCUUUUAAAAUGGUUUUGAAACGUCAGAUUCUAUAGUGAUCUGUAGUGACGUCACCCCCAUAUUUACAUUCAUAGAUCUAUAUGUGUAUGCGCAUUGAAUGAUCAAAUCUUACAGUACUCGUGUGUUAAUUGACAAAACCCUGGUGUGACGUCACUGGUCCCAGUAUGGUCAGAAGACUCACUGUAGACUCCAAAGAUUCAAAACAUUUAAAUAAGUUGAAAAAAUACUGAAAAGUAAAUCGAACUAAGUUUAUGUACAUUGAUUAAUGGUCUUUCAUCUGACGUAUACUUGACGUUUGUGUUUCUUUCCGUUUGAUAUAUGCGAAAAGAAAUUAAAAAUGACAAUGUUGUUAAAAACUGUACUUAUUGUUGUUAAAAGCUGUACUUAUUAAAAUGGUUUUGGAGAAGUGUGUGGAGUCCUAUGCACA